CCGAGUUACAAAUUAUAAUUAUUUAAUUAACAAAUCCUGUAAAAUCAUAAUGCGCGCUGUAUUCUUGCUUUUAGUGAUGAGCUCUGUUGCUUGCCUUUAUUUGGCAGAAGCCGCACCGCUAGCCGAUGAGGAAAAUGCACCAGCAGUCGGAAGAGAAGCCACGUUGAGCGAUGUUGAUGCCGGCGCUGGGCACGAAAACGAAUCUCCUCGGGAAGCUCGUGGCUACUAUGGGCGUCGUUAUGGUGGAUAUGGACGUUAUGGCGGAUAUGGAUAUCGCGGCUAUGGUCGUCUUUAUGGACAUCGCUAUUAUGGUUAA